CCCUCAAAAUGAACUUGAUUUAUUCAUUAAUAAGCUUACUGAUGAUUGUGACAAAUUUAUGCAAACAAUUAAGAGUUAAACUAAAGAUCAAAAUGAUCAACAAGAUUAAUGAAUUUGUACAAAGAUUAAGUACAAAAUGUGAACCUCAAGACUUAAUUGUUGCGUUCGAAAAACUCAAAUCGAUUGAAAGAGCAAAGUUUAUUGUCAACAAAUCGACAACCUCAAAGUUUCAACGAUUCAUGUGCUACUUUAUAUUCAUCUUCAAUAAUAUAGCAGUUUCUAGAUAUUUAAUUCUUGGCCUAACGAAUGAUAAAACUUUACAAUUCAUUCUUGGCGAUCAUUUCGCCACAUUCAAUGAACGAACUUUUUUCAAUAUCAUGAUUUAUCUUGCUAAUUACCAAGGGAUGACAAUGAAUUAUUUCAAUAUUCACUUAAACAACUUCGUCGAUAAACCUUUCACAAGAAUACUCGAGGACUAUGUCGAAAGUAUAACAACUUACAAAGGAGAACUGUACCUUUCGAACUAUCAUAAUCGUCUAGUUAGAAAAUGGUACACUUAUGGAAUCAGAAUUAUGAUAUUCUUUACUUACCUUAUCGUGAUUUAUGCUUUCAUCACUAAUUUUCUAAUCGUAGUAACGGAACGAAAAGAUUUACGAACUUUAUAUGUUCAAUUAUCGUUACUUUGUGUGUUUCAAUAUUUUAAACAUUUUUCUUCGUUCAGUACUAAUUGGUUCUUAUUACAUUGGUUUAUAACUAUUCUAUUUACUUACUGUCGACUAUCUUCGUUCACAACUGUAUUCAAUAAUCAAUUGGAAUCAUCACAAGGCCAGAAAACUUUUAUUUUCGAGCUACAAAAGUUUAACAAUUGGUUAGAUUCGUUCAAUCGUCAAAUAAGUUUAACAACUUUGUUCAUUUUUUCAUAUUUGUCUUUUUUCACUGUCGUUAUCGUUUAUUAUGGUUCUCAACACAAUUUCGUUCACACUGGGAUAAAUGUUCUGUUUCGCGUCGCAAGUGUCGCAUCUCCCUUAAUAAUAUCCCUUUUUUGUUAUUUCGUUUCGUUUAUACCUCGAAAGGGGAAAAGGUUACAUUUGAUGAUUUACAAACUAUCGACUUUUAAUUGUAAAGAUGCUCAGUUGAUGCUUAAGAGGCUUGAAAUUUUGGAUCGAUUUUCAUACCGAAAGAUUGGUCUGUAUUUGAAUGAAAAUAAACUAAUAUGUAACCAUUUCUCAAUCAUUUUCUUAUUGGAGUGCAUUGGAUUAUAUUUACUCAUGUAUACUAAUAUAAAUAAAAGAGCUUUAGUAUCGUAUUGAUGCAGAUAAUAAGAAAUAAGUCUAAGAAUUUCCAACAUCUCUCAAUUCUACGAAGUUUGCUUACCAUACCCUUUGUCCUUCAAAUGGCCUUCAAGUGCGUUCUUUGAUGAAUAACCUUUGAGGUCUUGAAACAUGACAAUAUGAACGCUAUCGGCCAGUUAAUUUCUGAGUAAUUGUGGAAAGAAAACUUUUGUAAACUUAUUCCAAACAUUCACCGGAUAUGAUUCGUUAAUUAUGGAGA